AUGGCUCCACAUGCGGAUGCAGCUGCCAAUGGCUCUGUUAACGGGUCGGCCCCCACGCACGGGGUUGAUAUCUUCAAGGUCGAGUCUCCCAAUGUUGUCUACACCGACGACGAGAUCAACACCAAGUAUGUCUACCGUACGACUGCCGUGACCAAGUCCGAGGACGGUAAACUCGUUGCAACCCCCAAGGAAACCGUCUAUGACUUCAAGGUCGACCGCAAGGUCAGCAAGACCGGUGUCAUGCUUAUCGGCCUGGGUGGAAACAACGGAUCUACCGUCACGGCUGGUAUCAUUGCCAACCGUCGUGGAUUGACUUGGGAUACUCGUGAGGGUAAGCGUUCUGCCAACUACUACGGCUCCCUCAUCAUGGCUUCUACUGUCAAGCUCGGAACCGAUGCGAAGACCGGAGAAGAAAUCAAUAUCCCCUUCAACAACAUGCUCCCCAUGGUCCAUCCCAAUGACCUUGUUAUUGGCGGCUGGGACAUCAGUGGCAUGAACCUUGCCGAUGCCAUGGACCGUGCACAGGUGCUUGAGCCCACUCUCAAGGCCCUGAUCCAUGACGAGAUGGCUGCCAUCAAGCCCCUUCCAAGUGUCUACUACCCUGACUUCAUUGCUGCCAACCAGGAGGAGCGUGCGGAUAACGUCCUUCCUGGCUCCAAGGCUUGCUGGGAGCAUGUUGAGAAGAUCCAAAAGGACAUUCGUGACUUCAAGGCUGCCAAUGAACUCGACAAGGUUCUUGUUAUGUGGACUGCUAACACCGAGCGUUACGCAGAAGUCAUUGAAGGUGUCAAUGAUACAGCUGACAACCUUCUCAAGGCUAUCAAGGAAGGACACGAAGAAGUCUCUCCAUCAACCAUCUUCGCCGUGGCUUCUAUUCUUGAGAAUGCUCCAUUCAUCAACGGCUCUCCCCAGAACACCUUUGUUCCCGGAGCCAUGGAGCUUGCCCUGAAGAAGGGUGCCUUUAUCGGUGGAGAUGACUUCAAGUCCGGUCAGACCAAGAUGAAGUCUGCCCUCGUUGACUUUUUGAUCAGCGCCGGUAUCAAGCUCACCUCCAUUGCCAGCUACAACCAUCUCGGCAACAACGAUGGCAUGAACCUGAGCUCCCAGAAGCAGUUCCGAUCCAAGGAGAUCUCCAAGUCCAAUGUCGUUGACGACAUGGUUGCCGCCAACUCUGUUCUGUACAAGAAGGGUGAGCACCCAGACCACACUGUUGUUAUCAAAUACAUGCCUGCUGUCGGUGACAACAAGCGUGCCCUCGACGAGUACUACGCCGAGAUCUUCAUGGGUGGCCACCAGACCAUCAGCAUCUUCAACGUCUGUGAAGACUCCCUCCUUGCUUCGCCUCUGAUCAUCGAUCUUGUUGUUAUUGCGGAGAUGAUGACCCGUGUCAGCUGGAAGUCUGCCGAGAGUGAGGAAUACAAGGGCUUCCACAGCGUCCUUAGCAUUCUCAGCUACAUGUUGAAGGCCCCAUUGACUCCUCCGGGAACUCCUGUUGUCAACGCUCUAGCUAAGCAGCGUGCUGCCGUCACCAACAUCUUCCGUGCCUGUGUUGGUCUCCAGCCAGAGUCUGACAUGACUCUCGAGCACAAGCUUUGCUAA